AGCAGCAGCAGCAGACGAAUCUCGGCCAUGGGAAGCUCGGAUCUCGAAUGCGGACGUUGACAUUCGAUUAGUUUCCGCAGAGCUCACUUCUCUGAAUCUCUCAGUCGGUCGGUCCGGAGCCAUGGAAGCUGUGCUGCAGCAGGCGCAGCUCUGCUCGGUCUCGGCCUCGUUCAGGUCUGCAUUUCGACUGGCCAAUGUCAAUUCGCGGCUCUGCUCGCGAGGAUUCGGUGCGGUCCGGUGCGCCGGCAAGCGAGGAGGCACGGUGUCGACCAAGAGGCCCGCCAAUGCCACCGGAGGUUUUGGUGCCAAGGCUCCUGUGAAAACCUCGUUCGAUGCCGGAGUUCUGCUGAAGCGGUCGGAGCAGAUUUACACGAAGCUGAUCGCCGAGCAUGCGUCGGAGGGAGAUGUGCGCGAAUUUAUCAUCUGUGUUCGCCAGAAGAGCGAAAAGAACAGCAAGCCCGUGCUGGAUGACUGGCUCCCCGUCGCGGAGCUCGCCCUCGUGUCUGAAUUUGACGCCUCUGCUGUUCUGCCUCAAGCUCUCCCUAUUCUUUGCAGGGAGGUUGCGGAAUGUGCCGCCAAAGGAGCAGUAGCUCUUCGUGCCAUUUCGCGAAGCUGUCUGGAGUACGCAUACGAACCCGCAGAAGCAUUCUAUGAUCAUGUGAUGUCGGGAUCGCAAAUGCAGCUGUCCAGUGUGGAGUGCCCUUACGGUGUUCUAGGGUUACCCAAAGGAGCUCCUGCGAGCGAGGUUCGCACCGCUUACAGGUCUUUAGCCGCCCAGAACCAUCCCGACAAACACUCUGGAGAAAACGCAACCGCUGCCGAACAAGAGUUCAAGCGAGUGACCAGUGCCUACGACCAGAUCAAGAGAGCUGGUCUUGCUGCCGGAGGAGUGCCGACUUAUGAAUCUCUGGGUGGAACUGGACGGAAUGGACUCAGUGAGCCUAUCAGCAUAACUAGCAAAACUAUGUCCGCAGCCAUUCCUGAAGGCGUACAAGUUGCUGUCAGACAACUUGAUCCUGAGAUUACCUCUCGAUUUUUGACUCGCAUAUACGCACGAUCAGGAGGAGCUACUUUCGUGUGACACAUCGAAUUUUUGGGAAUUGAAAUAUACCAAACGCUGGUGGAAAAUGGAUCCAGCUGCAAGAGCUGGAUGAGAAGUUUGAACGGACAAAGCCAUUCUAAUUGAAGGAUGUAUUCAAACAUCAGGGGGACAGCCGCUCGAUACACUUGAGAUCACUCUCAUAUUCAUAGCCUCACAAUUGGGGAAGCAGAGACAUAUUUAGUACGUAGUUCAACAGAUAGCCAUAUCUUAAGCUGAGUAAAAUUGGAGGAAGGCUGCUUGAGUGACCGCUUUUUGCAGCUACGAAGGUGUUCUAGCAGACAUAAGGACUUUGUAAAAUGUAUACUUGAGUAGAAUACUCUAUUAAUCCCUCUUGAAGUAGAGCUGACAUUCCAAUAAAAUCUUCGAUUGGAGAUACAAUUUUGUCGAAAGCGGACUAUAACAACGACUGGUUGUUGAAGAGACUGUCAAUACUAUCAG